UACUGUCACAGGCCCUAAUGGCCAAGAAUCAUGUCCGAAUACGCGCCUUUGUUGACAGAUACUGGCCUUUUCUGCCAACCAUCGCAGGUUUGCCGGACAGUACAGGUCGCUGUAACAUCGGUAGGGCAGCAAAGUGCGGGCUAGUGGGUGCCGUUGACGCGUUCAUAUCUGCCGGGGUGGACGUUAACGCCAAAAGCAUCUCUGGAUGGUCGCCUUUGAUGUACGCCGCCGGUGCUGGCGAGCAAAUAUUGGUGGAGAAACUGAUCAGAGCUGGUGCCAAUGUGCACGUCCAGGAGACAGGUGGCGCCACCGCCUUGUAUCUUGCCUGCCAGAAGGGACACGCCGGUAUCGUGAGCAAGCUGCUUAGAGCAGGGGCGGAUGUUAACCAACAGGUCUCUGAUGGUUCGAGCUGUCUGUAUAUCGCCACACAAAAAGGGCACAAAAACAUCGUGCAGAUACUGCUUUCAGCUGGAGCAGACGUUAAUUUACUAACAGAUAACGGUGCUAGCAGCCUGUACAUUGCAUCUCAAAACGGACAUUUAGAACUAGUGAAAAUUCUGUUGGAACAGGGAGCUGAUGUGAACAUUCAGAAAGACACUGGGAGCAGCAGCUUGUACAUAGCCUCACAGAACGGCCACGAGGACGUCGUCAAGGUACUAUUAGCAGCAGGGGCUGAUGUGAAUUUGAGGAAAAACAUAGGCACAAGCUGCCUCCACAUUGCGUCACACUUUGGGCACACGGGUGUGGUCGAGGCUCUGUUAGAGGCAGAUGCAGAGGUGAACGCUAAAACAAAGUCAGGGAAAACAAGUCUGCAAAUAGCAAGACAAGAAAACCAUAAUGACAUCUGCACAGAUUUCGGUCCACUGCGAGAUGUACUGUCACAGGCCCUAAUGGCCAAGAAUCAUGUCCGAAUACGCGCCUUUGUUGACAGAUACUGGCCUUUUCUGCCAACCAUCGCAGGUUUGCCGGACAGUACAGGUCGCUGUAACAUCGGUAGGGCAGCAAAGUGCGGGCUAGUGGGUGCCGUUGACGCGUUCAUAUCUGCCGGGGUGGACGUUAACGCCAAAAGCAUCUCUGGAUGGUCGCCUUUGAUGUACGCCGCCGGUGCUGGCGAGCAAAUAUUGGUGGAGAAACUGAUCAGAGCUGGUGCCAAUGUGCACGUCCAGGAGACAGGUGGCGCCACCGCCUUGUAUCUUGCCUGCCAGAAGGGACACGCCGGUAUCGUGAGCAAGCUGCUUAGAGCAGGGGCUGAUGUUAACCAACAGGUCUCUGAUGGUUCGAGCUGUCUGUAUAUCGCCACACAAAAAGGGCACAAGAACAUCGUGCAGAUACUGCUUUCAGCUGGAGCAGACGUUAAUUUACUGACAGAUAACGGUGCUAGCAGCCUGUACAUUGCAUCUCAAAACGGACAUUUAGAACUAGUGAAAAUUCUUUUGGAACAGGGAGCUGAUGUUAACAUUCAGAAAGACACUGGGAGCAGCAGCUUGUACAUAGCCUCACAGAACGGCCACGAGGACGUCGUCAAGGUACUAUUAGCAGCAGGGGCUGAUGUGAAUUUGAGGAAAAACAUAGGCACCAGCUGCCUCCACAUUGCGUCACACUUUGGGCACACGGGUGUGGUCGAGGUCCUGUUAGAGGCAGAUGCAGAGGUGAACGCUAAAACAAAGUCAGGGAAAACAAGUCUGCAAAUAGCAAGACAAGAAAACCAUAAUGACAUCUGCGUCUUGCUCAGGGCGACUGGGGCGAAAGAAUGA